AUGAACGCUAUGUCAGCAUUGUAUCAUAUUGCACAAAAUGACCCCCCAAAGUUGGCUCCUGUCACUGCUGAAAAUCAGCCGGAUUGGUCGGACCAGUUCAAAGAUUUUGUGGAUAUCUGUUUACAAAAGGAAGCUGAUGAGCGUCCUUCUACAGGAGACCUCUUGAGUCAUGCGUUCAUUACGUUUCCUGAACACAAAGGAGUAAUUCAAGAACUGAUUUCGAGAACGAAAGCCAUUGUGAUGGAAUUAGAUAACUUCCAGUACAAAAAGAUGCGAAAGUUAAUGUAUCUUGAUGAAAUCGAGAACAAAGACAGUGAUACCAACCAAGGUUUGUCAUUUAUCUUCCAUUCCUUCUUUUAACA